AUGACCAACAAGAAGACCUCUGAGAAGGAAUCUGUGCAUCUGGAGCCUCAUCCCGCGUACAUAUCCCCUUCAGCACUCGAGGCUCGUCAUUGGGGUGCGACUUAUGCAUUAUAUCGAUUCUGCAACGGGAUUCAGCUGAACCGCGUUCUUCCUGCUGGCCCCCGUGAGUACUGGAAUGAACUAGCUGCGGAGCACAAAAAUGCGCCUGAACAUCAGAAAUGGAUGUAUGACGCGGAUCCUUUUGCGGCUCGCAAAGUUGUAGCCGAACGACAGGCCAAGGUUGCACAGAAGAAAGAGGAAUCUAGUCAACAGGCUCAAAGUUUUGGUGGAGUACGCGCUUCUACCGAGUUUGCAAAUGCUCCUGAGGUUAAGAUGGCUGCUGCGAUGCGGAGCUUUGUGGAGGAAGCCGUCAAGAAGGCAAUAUUGCUGUACCCGGAAGCGGGUGCUGAAACACUUGUUCUUUCUUCCACAGAUGCUCAGCACGUUUUGCAGCAACUGAAUCAUCUGGGAUUCACGAUUGCUCAAGCUCGCAAGGCUCUCGCUGCGUUCUCUGAUCCAUCACCACUAAUAUCGAGUCUUUGGCGGAGACUUUCACCUGUGCAGGCGUGUAUCGAAUAUCUAAUCCUACAGGUACCCGAGUGCGAUCUUCCGCAGCGGUUCCUCCCAUCCGUGAACUCGUCUAACCCUUUCGUGACCUCAACACACUCUGGGACCGAGGAUCUGAAGAAGAGAUGGAUAGAAGACAGAGCUGUGAAGGAGUGUGGGUGGCCUGCACAUGUGGUAAAGGAAUGUCUGUCCGAAGAAGGUUCGGCAAAGAGCUGGGCACUCUUGCUUCGUGCUCUAAACUUUAGGCUCAUCGGAGAAGACGCGGAAGCCGUUGCGACACCAGAUGCGGAAGGUGACAUGGAAGCACUUGAUGAAGACGAGCUGAACUCGUUUGGAGCAUAUUUCUCUGAGUCCUCUCAACUUGUCAUUCCGCUGCCGGUUGCUCCUAUGCGCCUGAAUGUUAUCGUCUCAGCCCAGCGCACAUUACCUACACAUGGCACGCCUCCUCCCAUGUACAUCACAUCGACUUCGAUAGCAGCCUACGUUCGACUCCAUCUUGUCUCAAAGCUACUGCUUGCCUUCAAAGCGAAUACACUUAUUGAGCCGGGUGAAAGUGUUUUCAUGUCUGCAGUACGCUUACUCGAGGAAGAAUGGGCAGCAAUCGAAGACAACGGCCCCCCAGAGAUGUCCGUUGUGUUGCAGUAUCUUAUGCCGCAGGUUGUGGGCACUCUAGAAAGUGGACCCACUGACGUUUCCCCUGCAACACCUGUACGCGGCAGAACGGAACUGCGUGGUCGCCAGCAGGAUGAUCGUACUGAUGUCCGCGUGAAGGAGGACUUUGAGGCAGUCCGUCGUAGUGACGAAUAUGCCUCGGUUCUUUCCACUAGACAGAAGUUGCCCGCAUUCGCUUCCAGAGGUCGUUUUCUCAAGCUUCUUGAGCGUAACAAAUGUGUUGUCGUGGUGGGAGAAACUGGAUGUGGGAAGACAACGCAGCUCCCUCAGUUCAUACUUGAUUCACUCGUGAUGACUGGCCAUGGAUCGAAAACAUCUAUAAUUGUGACGCAGCCACGUAGGCUGUCUGCAAUUGGUGUCGCUAGUCGUGUCUCAGCCGAGAGAUUGAACGACGGGUCGGUCGGGUACGCCAUUCGUGGUGAGAGUAAGCAGGACAAGCGAACCAAAUUGUUGUUUUGUACCACUGGGGUCGUGCUGAGACGCCUGGGAUCCGGAGACAGACUAGAAGCUAUCACUCACGUCAUUGUCGACGAGGUGCAUGAACGAUCAGUCGACGGGGAUUUCCUCCUGCUCGAGCUGAAGGAAUUACUCAAGACACGGCACGAUCUGAAAGUCAUUCUCAUGUCUGCUACCAUCAAUCACGAGACUUUUAUGCGAUACUUCGAUAAUGCACCUCUACUCACCAUCCCUGGGUUCACGCAUCCAGUCGAGGACAAAUAUAUAGAAGAUUUCUUACCAUCGCUCAGCUAUCGCAUGCCUACUUCAAGGACACCGAAGAAGCUGGAUGAGGGGGAGCUGACGGACGAGCUAGUAAAGAAAGGUCUUGAUGAAGAGUGCUUACGCGCCAUCCAAAGCAUUAGUCGAUCUGACAGGAUCGAUUAUGAGCUGAUUGCAGCCCUCGUGAAGCACAUAGUCUCAACAGCUGAGAAGUCGGGUGGCAUCUUAAUAUUCCUCCCCGGUGUGCAGGAGAUUCGACAGUGCAUUGAUAAAUUACGUGCUGUCGGUGGAGCGCGCGUCCUGCCUCUUCAUGCCAAUCUAUCGAACGAUGAGCAGCGGCUUGUCUUCAAACGUACCUCAGGAUGGAAAAUAAUCGCAGCUACAAAUGUCGCUGAAACGUCCAUUACCAUCGACGACGUGAUCUAUGUCAUCGACUCAGGCAAAGUGAAGGAAACGCAUUACGACCCGGAGACGGGAUUGACGAAGCUUGCAGAACAGUGGGUUACACGUGCAGCUGCGCGACAACGGCGUGGAAGAGCCGGUCGCACACAGCCUGGAGUUUGCUACAAACUUUACACAGCAGCACAGGAGAAGAAACUCGCCACAUUCCCUAUUCCUGAAAUUCAGAGAGUGCCUCUUGAAAGCAUUGCGCUGACAGUGAAGAUUGUCCACCAUGAUGUGAAGAAAUUCCUGUCUCGAGCUAUCGAUCCGCCGAACAUCGCCGCCAUGGAUGACGCCCUGUCAAUCCUCGAGGAUUUAGCUGCCACUACACCGCACGGCGAGCUGACGCCUCUGGGUCGACAAAUGGCAAUGCUUCCUGUUGACUUGCGGCUCGGAAAGAUGCUCAUCCUGGGCACGAUCUUUCAAUGCUUGGGUCCCAUACUGACCAUUGCGGCAUGUUUAUCUGGUAAACCAUUAUUUGUGAGCCCCAUGGAGAAACGAGAAGAAGCUAGCCGUGCGCGAGCGCGGUUCGCAAGAGGGAAUAGCGACCUCCUCACCGACAUGACUGCAUACGAUGAAUGCAUGCGCCUACGUUCUGUAGGAAAGUCGCAGAGCGCGCUCAGAUCGUUCUGCGAGGAAAACUUCAUAUCCCCUUCAACAAUACGGGAGAUCAGUUCGCUCCGGCAGGAUUUUGUUUUCGCACUUUCCGAUCUAGGGUUCAUUCCUUUCGGUGCAACGCCCUCGGACUCAACGUUGAAUACCAAUAGCACGAACGAGAACCUUCUCAAAGGCGUGAUCCUCGGUGGACUUUGGCCCCGGAUCGCUCGUGUCGUAUUGCCAAAUUCUGCUAUUAAAUUUGACAAAGUGCAAGCAGGCACGGUGCAGCGUGACAACAGCGCACGCGAAUUCCGUAUCUAUGAUCUGCGAGACGGACGCGUGUUCCUUCAUCCGGCAUCCAUGAUGUUUGGGGAGACAGCAUGGCGUGUGCCAUUCAUUGCAUACUUCCAGAAGCAACUGACAACGAAGGUCUUUCUGCGAGAUGUGACGGAGGUUUCGCUAUAUGGCUUGCUCUUGUUCGGUGGACCUGUCACGGUGAAUCACAUCGGCGGCGGGUUAACCGUAGGAAGCAGGGAUUCCUGGAUCAAGCUGAAGGCGUGGCCUCGCAUUGGCGUCCUUGUCAACCAAUUGCGGCUAUUAUUGGAUGUGCGGCUUAAGCGGUGCAUUGAAGAGGGUACAACAUUGAAUGUCGGAUCGAACAACCCUGUGUUGGAAGCAAUGCUCGCACUUCUGCAGAACGACGGUAUGACUGCCUGA